AUGGAUCUCGCCAAUACGCUCAUCCGGAGCGUGGUGCGCGCCUUCUAUGAAACACGCCACAUCCUGGUUGUGGACGCGCUCUUCCUGCACUCGGUUCUCCACGCCGAAGAUCUCGCUUUCUUGAUGGGCAUGCAACAGAAGGACCUUCGCAAGCUGUGUGCGCGACUGCGAGAGGACCGUUUACUCGCAGUGAGCACGCGUGCCGAGAUUCGUGAUGGUUCAACUCGCCCCGUCAACCGUGAUUACUACUACAUCCCGCUCCACCCCGUCAUCGACGCGAUCAAGUAUAAGGUGUCCAAGUUGACGUCAACAAUCAAGGCACAGUACACACCGAGCGAAGAACGCAAGGAGUACAUAUGUAUCCGAUGCGGAGCCGAAUGGACCGAGUUGGAUGUCCUUAGCCUUGUAUCGGAAGAAGGAUUCGAGUGCCAGGAGUGCGGCGCCACCCUAGAGCGGACGGAGGAUGUCAAGGGCGUCGAGGGCAUCGACCGCACCGGCCACGAGAAGAACAGCAAGCUGAUGGCGCAGCUGGACAACAUGCUCAAACUGCUGAAGCAGAUCGACUCCGUCGAGAUUCCGCCGAAUGACUUUGACACGGCCUGGGAUCAUAAGGUAGAGGUGCCCCGGAACCAAGCCACGCACCCAACGCGCGCGGUGGUUCCCGUUGCGACUAAGCAGCAGGAUCUUACACGCGGUCACAUCAAGACGGACGCGGCGGCAUUGGAGAUCUCGCUUACCUCGAGCGAGGAGAAGAGCGCGGCGGAGCAGGCCGAAGAAGCCGCUCGCAAGGCUGCGGUGGAGAAACAAAACGCGCUUCCGGUGUGGCACACACAUUCUACCGUCAAUAACGCCGUGCCUGGAGGUGCUGGGGCUCAGAUUGGGAAAGGUCUCUCCAUUAAGCCUGACCUCAGCGACGAAGAUCAGAAACCCAGUCUGGAUGCCCUUGACGACAAGGUUGCCGCGUACUAUGCCGCUAUGGAACGCGAAAAGGAAUUGCAGGAGCAAGAAGAUGCUAGCAGUGAAGAUGACUCGGAUGACGAGGACGAGUUCGAGGAUGUAGGUGGCGUAUCUGGACCAAGUGGACCAGGUACUCCUGCCACAGCCGGUGGUGGUCCUACCAGCGUCCCCAAUUCGUCUACACCUGGUGUUGCUGGUAUCAAACGCGAACAUGAUACGGCGUCGAGCGUCAGCGCGCCUCAGUCGUCUGUCGACACACCCUCCACGCCUGCCGAUGACGGGCCCACCGCGAAGAGGAUCAAGGUUGAAUCCGAGCUCACGACCGACCCUGAGAUCAAACCUGACCCCGACGCGCAGGUAGAGCCCGCAGUGAACAAUGAAGAGGAAUCCGAUGAGGACGAGGAUGAGUUUGAAGACGUCUAA